AUGAGGUGGGAAAGGGUCCGACAGCAGCAGCAACAAGUGGGUCUCGGUGAGUCUUGUUCCGGGCCCGGAAAGAGGUGGGGACACACUUGCAACGCCAUUAAAGGAGGUAGCUUUCUCUACGUAUUCGGUGGCUAUGGCAGAGAUAAUUGCCAAACCAAUCAAGUCCAUGUGUUCGAUGCUGCAAAGCAGAUAUGGACUCAGCCAAUGAUCAAUGGCUCACCGCCUCUUGCUAGGGACAGCCACAGCUGUACAACAGUCGGCGACAACCUCUUCGUGUUUGGUGGUACUGAUGGAGUAAACCCUCUCAGUGAUUUGCACAUUCUUGAUACUUCUUCACAUACUUGGAAAUGUCCGAGUGUUAGGGGAGAGGGACCUGCGGCAAGAGAAGGUCACAGUGCCACGCUCGUUGGUAAAAGGCUGUUUGUGUUUGGUGGAUGUGGGAAAUCUUCUGAUAUUAAUGACGAUAUCUAUUAUAAUGAUCUUUACAUACUCAACACAGAGACUUUUGUGUGGAAACGUGCUCCUACGAUUGGGAAUCCUCCAUCUGCACGAGAUAGCCACACUUGCUCAUCGUGGAAGAACAAAAUUGUUGUUAUUGGUGGUGAAGAUGGGCAUGACUAUUAUCUGUCCGAUGUUCAUAUCCUUGAUACAGAUACAUUCAUAUGGAAGGAGCUGAAUACUUCAGGGCAGUUGUUGACACCUAGAGCUGGUCAUGUCACUGUUUCACUUGGGAGGAAGUUAUUUGUGUUUGGAGGGUUUACAGAUGCUCAGAAUCUUUAUGAUGACCUCUAUGUGCUUGAUGUCGAUACAUGUAUGUGGUCAAAGAUUCUCACCAUGGGAGAAGGGCCAUCUGCUAGGUUCUCUUCUGCAGGGGCUUGUUUAGAUCCUCACAAAGCCGGAUUUCUCGUCUUUGUUGGUGGCUGCAAUAAAAACCUAGAGGCACUAGAUGACAUGUUCUACUUGCACACAGGGCUUGGAUAUGAUGCAAGGUUUGAUCAGAAUGUAGGGGGGAUGUCUCUAAAGAAGCAACUGAAGAUAAAAUGCCAAGAACAGAGUCACGCUAGUUCCUUAUACGAUAAAUCUCUUGUCCCAAUCGAUAUGGAUCAUCAUCAAGGAAGAGGGAGUUUCAAUCUGAACACUGGCCAAUUUGAGCAAGGAAAGAUGAUGUUUCAAGCCAAAGUAACCGAGAGUUUCCCAGUUGGUUACAGUAUAGAAACAAUUAUAGAUGGAAAAGUGCUUCGUGGUGUUUUGUUUUCAACCAAGCACAGCUCCGGUCUGGUGACUGAUCAAAGCUUUAGUAGAAAGAGGCCAGCUAUGUUGAAUGGCGAUCAGGAUAACAGAUCAAAAAUACCAAGAACGUUGAACAAGGAUCAAGCUGAUGCUACUGAAUCCAAAGAUUCCCCAUCGGACGGCGUGGAGGCUAGUAUUGGUCCCAUCAGGAACCCUAUGGAUGUUAACAUGAACACAUCAGCAGUUGCACCACAGGAAACCGCUGUUGUUACAUCUGAUGUCAAGAACCAAGAUGGAAGCCAGCUCGAUAUGGGUACUGUGAAUGCAGCUCCAUCUUCAGUUGAUCAGACAGAUGAAGCGUCUUUAGAAUCUAGAAAUGCGAUAUCGAUUGAUGUUGGAGCUAGUAAGACCGGAGCUGGAGAGUCGUAG